UGUUUCGAAACUCUGACACGGAAUUUGAGUUUAGUUUUAUUUUAAAAUUUUGUGUUUGAUGACUAUGGUUGCCAGUGGAGUAGAACUUCUCUGUCUCAUCGGAGACGCUGCCUUGGUUGCCAUAUUCUAUAAAGUGUACAAGAGAUGUUACGAAGCGGUUGUACAGGUCAAAUCUGCUCCGACUGUCACCUGUGGUUCAGAGUUGGACGAUCUCCUACAGAAGCAUGAUGGAAAUGUAGCGUAUGCUUGUGUGGAGGGAGUUGUGUCCCCUGUUGGUCGAGUCCUGCGGAGUCAGUACAAGGAUGACAUCACUGGUGUGGUGCAGACUUUGGUCCUGGAGGAACACAAGUCCAAAAGGACGCAAGGAUUCUGGUCUGAUGUGCGUAAGAUUCUCAGGGACACAAUUAACACCGUACCUUUCGUUUUGUCACUACCUAAGACAGCUAUGACCAACAUGUGUGAAACCGAGCACCAGGUACAUGUUGUUGACCCAACAUCAGCUGACCUUCUACUGGACAACCUCACAGAGACGCACGCCCAUUUCGAGGCUGACUCUGGAAAUAUGUUUAGCCGGGGCGUUGAUCGAUUGUUCGGUGAUGUAACAAAGGGAAUCCAGGAAACAGAGCACAUGCUGCCAGUUGGUGCAAGUCUUUUGGGGCUUGGAAAAGUCAUGGUAGAAUCCUCGAAGAUCAAGUUGGCUCCCCCGACAGACGGUGCGCAGUAUAUCCUCACCACACUGAGCAAGACAGAGGUGAUCAAAACCUUGGAGUCCAAGGCGUUUGUCUACAAAGUUCUUGUGGGUGUGUUCGGAGUUUUGGGCAUAGCCAUCUCUGUGAUGUUGAUUCGAAAGCUGAUGUUACAAUGGAAGCAGCAGCGAGACGCAGCGCGGGAACAGGAGGCGUUAGAAAAAGCACGCCUAGAACGCCUACGUCGUCGUGGUCGCAGAAAUGAUGACACAACCCAUAACACAGGUGCUGCUGACAGCAGUGUGAGUUCAAACCCAGAGCUGGGCAACAACUGCGUCAUCUGUUUGACAGAAGAGCGUGACAUCAUCCUGUUGAACUGUGGCCAUAUAUGCGUGUGCUCUGACUGUGCCCAGGCUCUGCCCCUGCCGAGGAAGUGUCCCAUCUGUCGGGGGCCCGUGGAGAGAAUGUUACCUGUGUAUAAUUCCUAGUGAAUGCGAUCAGUACUUACAAUUAGCUUGGAGCUCAAUAGAAAAUUGGGCUGGGGUGAUGCAGUAAACCCUUCAGUUUAAAAAGACUCAAAGGGAAGUAAUUUUAUAGUUCUGUGCCUGUUGUACUUUCAAAGAGAGAGUUAUCUCCCCCUGGAAAUGUCAUUCUGUGAACAUGAUACUCCACAUACAUGAGGUUGGGUGAUUCAUUGUAUAUAAAAUGAAGGAAAUGCAAACAUGAUUAUAAUGACAUUAUAGUUCAGUGUCCGUAAUCCAUUAUUAAUUUCGACUGAAGCAACAUGUGACAGUUUGGUGUGAAGUGAAUUGUCAUUUUAAUAUUCCGCGAAGUCUUGAAGUUAGGGAUUAAUUUACCUGGAAACUUGCAUGGUAAGUUAGUAUUGACUCAUUUGCUUGUAAUCACCUGGUUUGAAUCAUUUAUUUGCACAUGUAAAUGCACAUGUCAGAUAGUCAUGGUAGAGUGGGUUAAUCCAGAGGUUUAAGCAUAUCUCUUACGAGUAUUGUGGUAAUUGUGGUAAAAUUGUACAGUUCUGCGGUAGAGUGACCCACCAGUUUUGAUUUGUAAGUUAGUUUGUCAUGGUUGAUGGCAUUCCAAAGUCUGCUCAUCUACACAUGUAUAGGCUGUUUCAUCUUACAGACAUGGUUAUAAUCUGUUUUGUACUACAGUAUUACCACAGAUGUAAUGAUAUGUGCGUUGUCUGUGAUAUGCCAUUUUAAACUUCUAUCUUAUAAGGAUAUGCUGAAUUUCAUUAUUUCUGGUAAAUAUUGACCAUCUCUCCUCUUUCAGGCCAUGGUGUGGACUAAAAAGUAUGGAAAAAUGAAUAUCUUAUGGAAAGAUGACAUAUCAACUCAGCUGAGCACCUCGGGUGUACACAUCAGCUGAGCACCUCAAUUGUGCACUGCAGAUGGGCAUAUUAGCUGUACACCUUACAUGUACAUGUAUCUGUACACCUUACAUGUGCAUGUAUCUGUACACCUUACAUGUGCAUGUAUCUGUACACCUUACAUGUGCAUGUAUCUGUACACCUUACAUGUGCAUGUAUCUG